CUUGAUAAUCUCGUACAUACACAGUAGAAGAGGCGAAAAAGAGGCUGAUAUGAGGUUGAUAUGCAGGGGACUCGGGACUCGGUGGCCCGCUGGGUGGCCCGGAACAAAAAGAAAAUGCACAAGCAUCAUGCCCCUCGUUCCCAAGGAACGCUAAGCCGUGUUAGUACUAGUUGAGAAAAUACCCGGAGAAAUAAUUUUACAGACCGGUGCUUAUGUCAUCGAAAUUAGCCUGGACUCGGCCAAGUCCUCAAGAGACAUGUCAGGAACAGCGUCAGUGUCGAGACCCCCACAAAGCCACUCGGACAGAGAUUCCAGAUCAACGGUGUAUUGGCAUCGUGUUUUCUGGCGUCGGCGAAGUUACCCGGCCAACAUUUUCCAGGCCGAGAACCGGUGGUAUGGGAAUGCAGGCACCUAGUAGGUACCGUCUGAUCGAUUUGAACAUCCAAUUCCUUUUGCAAAAGUUGCGAACGUGCCAUCCUUCAUUUCUAACUCCCCCUUGGUUCCUCACCUGUGGCAGAAUGACUCUACCUGGCGAAGUCCAGAAAUGGCAAGCAUCACAAGAUGGGCUUGAGAACCUGACCAGGUCCCGGGGGCCAAUGCCAAAGCCAGGCAAGGAUGAAGUGCUCGUCGAGAUAUAUACGGUCUCGCUGAACUACCGUGAUACUGAAGUGGCUAUGGGGACCUAUAAGCACCAUAAGUCGGUUGGCGAAGCUUCAUCCAUCGUCCCGUGCUCAGAUAUGUGCGGCGUCGUAGUCGAAAUCGGCGAAGGCACGAACCCCAGUCCAUGGCAUAUCGGUGACCGCGUCCUGUCAACAUUCAACCAAACACAUCUCACUGGACAAAUUACACCUAAAGAAAUGACGUCUGGGCUCGGCUUACCUCUCGACGGUGUCCUGCAGACAUACCGAGUCUUUCCAGUCACUGGCCUAGUCAAAACUCCAGAUUAUCUUAGUGACGAAGAGGCCAGUACACUACCCAUUGCUGCAGUCACAGCUUGGAUGUCUAUCAACGGCACUAGACCCAUGGGUUCGCCUGGCGGGAAGGGGGAAACAAUUCUGUUGCAAGGGACCGGAGGCGUGGCGAUUGCUGGCUUGCAAAUCGGACAUGCUGCAGGUGCAGAAAGUGAGUGCUGCCACCUUGUCAGCGCGGCAACAAUUGCUUGGAGACUGACUGGCCUGCAAUAAACAGCUAUCAUAACAUCUUCCUCAGACGCCAAACUCGAGCGAGCCAAGUCCUUAGGCGCAACGCACACCAUCAACUACCGUACCGAUCCCGACUGGCAAGACACUGUCAUGAAGAUCACCCAUGACAAAGGAGUCGACAUCAUUCUCGAGGCUGGUGGUGCCAAAACCUUGCGCAAAUCAUUCGACUGUAUAGCGUUUGGCGGUCUCAUCAACUGUAUCGGCUACCUGUCGGGCAAAGAGGACGAACCAGGUGACCGCGUCAAUGCUAAUGUCCUAGCCUUAAGGAGGACCGUUACGUUGAAAGGCAUUCUGAAUGGUCCGAAGGACAGAUUCGAGGAGAUGCUACAGUUCUACGGUGCCCAUAAGAUCAAGCCAGUCGUGGACCGGACGUUCUCGUUCGAGCAAACGAAAGAAGCAUUCCAGUAUUUGUAUAGUGGUGGUCAUUUUGGCAAGGUCGUUGUCAAAGUCAAAGAAUAAUUUGCAUUUCGCCAGUCCUUUUAUUAUCAAUAUCAAUAUCAUAUAACAGGGUACGGUCCAGCGAAAUUCAUCGGCCGGCUUUGCUUUUAGGGUCUAAGUUGCUGGAGUGAGAUAUUGUAGGUCUUUGAGAUGAAUCACCC